UUGUUAUUUAAUACAAUUUAAUUGUUGAAACUGCGACAGAAAUUAAUUUCUAUAAAUAUGGGUAUCACCGGGUUGCUACCGUUCCUAGAAAAAUCUUCUAGAAAGACGAAUAUCAAAGAGUUUUCUGGUGGGACUGUUGCAAUUGAUUCUUACUGUUGGUUACACAAAGGUGCAUUUUCUUGUGCUGAGAAAUUAAUGAUGGGAGAAACGACAGAUGCGUACGUUGUGUAUUGUAUGAAAUAUAUAAAUAUGCUUUUGAAAUACAAGAUAAAACCCAUCCUGGUGUUUGACGGUCAACGGUUGCCUGCUAAAGAGCAGACAGAAAUCAAGAGACGAAAAGCCAGAGAACUGAAUCGUCGUAAAGCAAUCGAAUUGAUACAAAUGGGUCAAGUUACAGAAGGAACAAAUUUGUUGAGACGAGCUGUAGAUAUUACUCACACGAUAGCAUUAGAAUUAAUUAAACAAUGUCAGAAUGAGAACAUUGAUUGUAUUAUAGCUCCUUAUGAAGCUGAUGCACAAUUGGCAUAUUUAAAUAUUAGUGGUAUAGCUGAUGUUGUUAUCACAGAGGAUAGUGACUUAACGCUAUUUGGAUGUAAAAAAAUAUUUUUUAAAAUGGAUCUUGUUGGAAAUGGGAUUUUGAUCGCACAAGACCAAUUACAUUUGGCAAUGAAUGUAAGAUCUGAACAAUUUGAAAUGGAUAAGUUCCGCCAUAUCUGUAUUUUGUCUGGUUGCGACUAUCUUCCUUCUCUUCCUGGUAUUGGCUUGGGAAAAGCACGAAAGUUUAUUAUGAAAAGUACAGACCAAAAUAUACAUAGGGCAUUGACACGUUUAGGUUCGGUUCUCAACAUGAAGUCGCUAAUCGUGCCACAGGAAUACAGAGACGCAUUUAUAUUAGCUGAAAUAACGUUCAAACAUCAAUUAGUAUUCUGUCCAUUGCAAAGGAAGCAAGUACGAUUGAAUCCACCCCCAGCUAAUAUCACUGAAGAUCAAUUGCAAUAUGCUGGAAAAGAGUUAGAUGAGGACCUUGCUUUACAACUAGCUCUUGGUAAUUGCGAUCCAGCUACUUUAAAAAUGGUUCAUGAUUUUAAUCCAGAUAAAAUCGAACGAAAAAGAAAGCGAGAUACAGGACAAACAAUGAUUCAAACAAGUAUUUGGUCAGGCAAAUAUAAAUUGAAGACAAAAUGUCAAAACUCUUCUCUUUCUGUUUUGAAUUCGUCAUUUAUUAAUGGAAAAGAGCUUGGUAAAGAAAGAAAGUCUCUAAUGAAUGCGUAUGUUUCAUUAAAUUCGCAUAAUAAUUCGAACAUUCAAAGCAAUCCAGAGGAUCGUGAUUUACACAAUACUGCCAUUUUGGAUAUGUAUAAAUCAAGUCGAGAUGCUGAGCUGAUCGACAGUACUAACAAAACGAAAUGUCAAAACUCUUCCCCUCUCUCUGUAUUGAAUUCGUCAUUUCUUAAUGGAAAAGAGAUUGGUAAAGAAAGAAAGUCUCUAAAGAAUGCAUACGUCUCGUUAAAUUCGCAUAAUAGUUCGAACAUUCAAAGCAAUCCAGAGGAUCAUGAUUUACACAAUACUGCUAUUUUGAAUAUGUAUAAAUCAAGCCGAGAUGCUAAGCUAAUCGACAAUACUAACAAAGCAUCAGAAGAUGAUUUAAAUUUAACGAAUAACACAUCACCAGAUUUACUUAAACAAAAAAAUCCAUUUAUUAAACGAGUAUCUGAUCUCACGACUUCACCAAGUAUUUUAUCCAACGGGAAUUAUCGAAAAAGAGGAAGAAAUUUAAUGCGUGUAAAACGAACUCUCAUAGAUGAAAAUACUGUAAUAGAAAGUAAAUAUUUCUCAAAAUCAGAUAAUAAAGAGUGCAGCGUACUUGAGUCAGAGAAUAAAAACAUGGAAACCAGUUGGAUAAGUACAAACUAUAAUACAAUUUUAGAUACGAAUGUACAUGAUAUAACUCGGAAACAACUAGAAGAAAAAUUAUCUAUAACAAACACUGAGCAAAAUGCAAAUUCAAUGGAAAAUAUUAAUGAUCCAUUUUUAUCAAACCAAAACGAUUGUUUGACUAAUAUUUAUAAAAAUGUUUCUAAAAAAUCAAAUCCUGAUAGGAUAGACGAUAUACCAUCAAUGACAGAUACAACUAAUAAAAAUUAUGUAACAAAUAAUUAUUUAGUAUCAUCAAAUUCUAGUAUCGACUUUAUUGAUAUAAACAAUUAUGAAAAUGCGAAUAGUUCGCAAAAUGAUUCACUCGAAUGGAUAAAUACAAAAAAUGUUCAAAGUUUCCCCCACAAAAAAAAUACAUUGAGGAAACAAAACUCAUCAAAUCUGGUACAAGUUAUAACAAAAAAGAAAGGAUUACGCCAAAAUAAACAAUCGCCAACAGUUCCUAGACAACAAAGUUUAUUAGACAUGUUCGGAUUUCAAAAAAGAUACAAGGCUGGCCAGCUGCGCCAUUCUUGUUGUGUGGUACUUCUCAUCAACCACACUACAUCCGUCAAACCUGGUUGGUCAUAGUCGGAUUGUUGUAGUUAGCUGUUGCGA